AUGACUUCUACUCCUAAAAAUGUAUUCCAGGAACUCGCCCAUAUCUUCUCAUCAAGAGAGAAUAACGUCUUUGAGAUCGAGAUUAUCUCUCCAUCCCUAGGAGCUUCAAUUCUUCAAGAUGGACUCGCAAUCGGUAUCACAAAGAAGGCUCUGGUUCAAGCCUUCACGGUCGCACGGCAGCUCUUCACCAAGCGCUUAGUGACAAUGUCCGAAGAUGACAUAUCCGUCAAUCUUUCACAGACAAAUAUUGAGUUUGGCCAAUUCCCAGAUCCAGUCAUUACAGAGAUCAUUCUUCUCUUCGACUGUGAGCACCUGACAUCAUGUAACUGGCGCAAGCGCAGGCUGCAGGCAGCUGUGAGAAAGUGCGCAAUAGACGAGACCCAGAUCGCCUCGACAGUCCAGAUGCUUGAAACAGAGCUGACACUUCUGGCCUCUUAUCAGUGCUCACCAUUGCACAGGCAUACAAAAUCCCCAACACUAUGGUCGCAUCGACUGUGGGUGCUGAAACAACUAUUCCAGCUACAGCCCGUGAACACGGAAUCGGUUUUGAAACUUGAGCGAGCAGAGCUUGAUAUCGUGCUUCGCGCGGGUGUACUCCACCCUAAGAACUACUAUGCUUUCAACUACAUGCGAAAAUUACAUUGUGUUCUUGCCACUAUUGUGGGUGGUAAAGAUUCUUCGAGGAAUGAUUUAGCGAAGCCAUUGGUGAGCCCGAUGAUGGAUUGGUGUCUUGCUCAUCCGCGAGAUAUAUCAGGCUGGGUCUUCGAAGAGUUCUUGCUUGACAAUGUCGUGGAACCACGACUUCAUGCCAGUACAGUCGCUAGAGUGCUGCACUUUGCCCGGGAUAUUGGGUGGGAAGGCGAGAGUCUUUGGACAUUUAUUGACCGGGCGGCAAGCCAAUUUGAUCUAGAGAGUGUUUUGGACGAUACCCUGGGCAUUGAAGGGCUCCCUGUACUGACCACUGAGAAGCGAACACCCACUACAUCAGCCAAAUGGCCGUGGUUAAUUCGACUGGAUAGAGCCAAGGCAUAUUGGGCAUACAAACACGACAAUACAGAAUGA